GCUCCUCAAUGUCCAUGGAUUGCUUAAGCUACUUCUUUAACUACGAUCCUCCUGUCCAGCUCCAGGAUUGCUUUAUUCCCGAGAUGGAUAUGAUUAUCCCUGAAACCGAUAGUUUCUUCUUCCAAUCUCAACCGCAACUGGAGUUUCAUCAGCCAUUGUUUCAAGAAGAAGCUCCUUCACAGACCCACUUUGACCCUUUCUGCGACCAGUUUCUUUCUCCGCAAGAAAUCUUUCUCCCUAACCCUAAAAACGAAAUCUUCAACGAAACACACGACCUCGAUUUCUUUCUCCCCACGCCAAAACGCCAGAGACUUGUUAACUCCAGCUACAAUUGUAACACUCAAAACCAUUUCCAGAGCCGUAACCCGAAUUUCUUCGACCCUUUCGGCGACACUGAUUUCGUUCCAGAAUCUUGUACCUUCCAGGAGUUUCGAGUUCCGGAUUUCUCUUUAGCUUUCAAGGUAGGCCGGGGAGAUCAAGAUGACUCAAAGAAACCGACGCUUUCAUCUCAGAGCAUCGCGGCUAGAGGGAGGAGAAGAAGAAUUGCAGAGAAGACUCACGAGCUCGGAAAACUCAUCCCCGGUGGCAAUAAACUUAACACCGCCGAGAUGUUCCAAGCCGCCGCUAAGUAUGUCAAGUUUUUGCAGAGUCAAGUUGGGAUUCUCCAACUGAUGCAGACCACAAAGAAGGGUAGCUCUAAUGUGCAAAUGGAAACUCAGUAUUUGCUUGAAUCGCAAGCAAUCCAGGAGAAGUUAUCAACAGAGGAAGUGUGUUUGGUACCGUGUGAAAUGGUUCAAGAUCUAACAACUGAAGAAACCAUUUGCAGAACCCCGAAUAUUUCUCGAGAAAUCAACAAGUUACUGUCUAAACAUCUGGCUAACUAGUUUUAGUUUCAAGCCUGAAGUUCUCUAUGCCUAAAUUUGUGUCUGUUAUCGUUGUUUUGUCUUCUUAGUUAGUGUUUUGUCUUGUUGAUUUAGGGGCUAAUUAUCCUGGUUAAUCUCCUCUUAACUGGGAACUAAUACUUCAUCUGUAUUAGUCUAUGUAUUAGCUUUUGUCUGACAUUGUUCUUGUUAGUUAAUGUAUGUCCGCAUGUUGAAGCUUUCUUACAUUUAAAAGAGAUCUUUGUGUAAAAUCAAGCUUUUAUCCAUAAGAAUUUUGGGGCUUUAUUA